AUGAGGCUGAUCCAAGCAUAUGUACAACGCAACCUAAGCCUUUCACAUUUCAAACACAAACACUUCAUAACUAACUUCUCUUUAUCAACCGCAAAUGGAGAAAAUAAGAGAUUUAUCGUCGAAGAAAGCAGCAGUAAUAUUCACAAAGAGCUCAUGUUCAUCAAGACGCUAUUCUACGAACUAGGAGCUAGUCCGGCGAUCCACGAGCUCGAUAAAGAUCCCGAAGGCCGUGAAAUGGAACGGGCCCUACGUACUCUCGGCUCAUCAAACCCGACUGUUCCAGCUGUUUUUGUCGGAGGAAGCCAAAGACAUCAUCUCGUUCCACGUCGACGGCUCGCUUAA